GCAUCUCUGUCAUUGGGUUAGUGGAUUAAUGAAAUUUGCUCGUAGUGUUUUUGAAUUUCAACUUUGAGUUUUCAAAGCAUUGCAUGGAAGUUUUAGUCUAAGCAUCAAUAUGUCAAGUUCGAAGAGAAUUUUUCAUAAAAUACAGGAUUUGAACAAAGUUGAAGUUGGUGCCCGGUAUAUCAUUAAUAGAAAUCCCCGGAAUCUUGAACGGUUACGCAUAGCGUACAGGGCUGAUGGUUAUCAUCUUGAGAAACCGGGGCGCAGUUAUUGGCACAAAUUGGAGUUAUCUUCGAGCAAUAAAUAUGUGACUGCCAAGCUGAAUCACUUUCAAAACGGCACGGUGAUAGAAAGCAGUACAUCCGAAUGGGCUAUCAAGCAACAUUUAUUCAAAGGGAACGAUACCUCCGCGUAUAUUAAUUUAGCAAAGAUUUUUGCAUUUCGUUGUAUUGAGGCGGGAUUGACAGAGAUGCGAUGUGAUUUGCAGCCGAAGCCGGAUGGAAAAGUUGAUAAAUUCCUUAAAGUUCUGAUUGAGUGCGGAAUUAGUCUUCAUGAACCUGACCGAAUUAAACCAGUUCAGCCGUGGGAUAUGGUACGUCCCGAGAAGCCUUGGGAAAUUUUAGAAUAGUAGAAACAACUCACUUCAGUUCUCGCUACAAUUUAUUAGUUACUGUUCAGAUUAUUGAGUCAUUAAAUUGUACACAUUUAAUAAACUA